AGUAACCUUAUCCUUCAUCCUCAUUCGCUCGCUUUCCUUCUCUCUCAAACUAAAAAAAAAAUAUCAGCACCAAAAUGGGUAUUAUAAGUAACCCUUUAAAUCCAACAAUCAAAACUCAUUCAAUAAUCUCCAACACAACAUCAUCAUCAAACAAUUCUCGAUUACCAUUUCCUGUCACACUAACUUUUAGAACACCCACUAAUUACUCCCAACAACAACUUUAUCUCUCAAGAAGGAUUUUCCUUCCUUCAGUUUCAGUUUCAGGAAUCUGGGAUGCAUUAACUGGUGGUUCUAACAAUAAUGCCCGAGAAGCUGUUCUUGCUAUUCGCCGUGGUAUGCUCCUGUUCAGACAGGGUGAUGUAUUGGGGUCUCUUGCUGAAUUUGACAAAGCCAUUGAACUUGAUCCUCGUCAAAAGGCAUAUCUUUGGCAAAGAGGGCUCUCUCUUUACUAUCUAGACAGAUUUGAGGAAGGGGCAGAGCAAUUCAGGAUAGAUGUUGCACAGAAUCCAAAUGACACAGAAGAGUCGAUUUGGUGUUUUCUUUGUGAAGCUCAGCUCUAUGGAGUUAACGAAGCUCGAAAUCAAUUUCUCGAGGUAGGUAGAGAUUCAAGACCAGUGAUGCGUGACGCCUACAAUAUGUUCAAAAAUGGUGGUGAUCCUCGUAAGCUUGUUGAUACGUUCUCAAGCAGUCGAGAUGGUCAGUACUUCUAUGCAUCUUUAUAUGCUGGUCUCUAUCACGAAGCACUGGGAGAAGAGGAAGCAGCUAAGGAAUAUAUAGUUGCUGCUUGCCAAUCCCCUUAUGGCCAAAGAGCUGAUGAUUACAUGGCUUCCCUCGCCAAGGUCCAUUGUGACUGCAGAAACUGGAAAAUAGCUGAAACAUGAGAUGGUCCUUAGAUUUGGGCUCAAGACAUAUCAUGGAAUUUAUUUUUCUUUCAUGAUGAUUGAUGGCUUUUCCUGUUUGGUGUGGGAGAACAUAGUAUUGAAUUUGUUCUAUAGUUCUUAAUCAAUGAAAUAUAUUUUACAUUAAAUUCGAAACUCUUUUUGAGUACUUUUAAUUCAGUUCAUAACAAAAUUAAUUAACUGUAGAAAAUUGAAAUUAUUAUCAGCUAUUGCGUAUAUAAAUAAAAAAAAUUUAUACUAAGAA